UGCUUCAGUACCUGCUCCGCAGAGCCAACUUCAGCAUGCUCAAGCGGAAGCAGAGCUCUAGGGUGGAGGCCCAGCCGGUUACUGACUUCGGUCCUGAUGAGUCUCUGUCGGACAAUGCUGACAUACUCUGGAUUAAUAAGCCAUGGGUUCACUCUUUGCUGCGCAUCUGUGCCAUCAUCAGCGUCAUUUCCGUCUGCAUGAACACUCCCAUGACGUUCGAGCACUACCCUCCUCUUCAGUAUGUGACUUUUGCUCUGGAUACUUUACUGAUGUUUCUCUACACCGCAGAGAUGAUCGCGAAAAUGCACAUACGGGGAAUUGUCAAGGGGGAUAGUUCCUAUGUGAAAGAUCGCUGGUGUGUUUUUGAUGGAUUCAUGGUCUUUUGCCUUUGGGUUUCAUUGGUGUUACAGGUAUUUGAAAUUGCUGAUAUAGUUGAUCAGAUGUCACCUUGGGGCAUGUUGCGGAUACCUCGGCCGCUAAUUAUGAUCCGAGCAUUCCGCAUUUAUUUCCGAUUUGAACUACCAAGGACCAGAAUUACAAAUAUUUUAAAGCGGUCAGGAGAACAAAUAUGGAGUGUUUCCAUUUUCCUACUUUUCUUCCUACUUCUUUAUGGAAUUUUAGGAGUUCAGAUGUUUGGCACAUUCACCUUCCACUGUGUUGUGAAUGACACGAAACCAGGAAAUGUGACCUGGAAUAGCUUAGCUAUCCCAGAUACGCACUGCUCACCAGAGCUCGAAGAAGGCUACCAGUGCCCCCCAGGGUUCGAAUGCAUGGACCUCGAAGACCUGGGACUUAGCAGGCAAGAGCUGGGCUACAGUGGCUUUAACGAGAUAGGCACGAGCAUCUUCACAGUCUACGAGGCCGCCUCCCAGGAGGGCUGGGUGUUCCUCAUGUACAGAGCGAUCGACAGCUUCCCCCGCUGGCGCUCCUACUUCUAUUUCAUCACACUCAUAUUCUUUCUUGCCUGGCUUGUCAAGAAUGUGUUUAUCGCUGUCAUCAUUGAAACAUUUGCAGAAAUCAGAGUACAGUUUCAACAAAUGUGGGGAUCGAGAAGCAGUACUACUUCAACAGCCACCACACAGAUGUUUCACGAAGACGCCGCUGGCGGGUGGCAGCUGGUAGCUGUGGAUGUCAACAAGCCCCAGGGACGCGCUCCAGCCUGCCUCCAGCAAAUGAUGCGAUCUUCAGUUUUCCACAUGUUCAUCCUGAGCAUGGUGACAGUGGACGUGAUUGUGGCAGCGAGCAACUACCACAAAGGCGAGAGCUUCCGAGGCCAGUAUGAUGAGUUCUAUCUCGCAGAGGUGGCUUUUACAGUACUUUUUGAUUUGGAAGCACUUCUGAAGAUAUGGUGUUUGGGAUUUACUGGAUAUAUUAGCUCAUCUCUCCACAAAUUCGAGCUGCUACUUGUAAUUGGAACUACUCUUCAUGUGUAUCCAGAUCUUUAUCAUUCUCAGUUCACAUACUUUCAGGUUCUUCGGGUAGUUCGACUUAUUAAGAUUUCACCUGCAUUAGAAGACUUUGUCUACAAGAUAUUUGGUCCUGGAAAAAAGCUUGGGAGUUUGGUUGUAUUUACUGCCAGCCUCUUGAUUGUUAUGUCAGCAAUUAGCCUGCAGAUGUUCUGUUUUGUCGAAGAACUGGAUAGAUUUACAACGUUUCCCAGGGCAUUUAUGUCCAUGUUCCAGAUCCUUACCCAGGAAGGAUGGGUAGACGUGAUGGACCAAACUCUAAAUGCUGUGGGACACAUGUGGGCACCCGUGGUUGCCAUCUAUUUCAUUCUCUAUCACCUCUUUGCCACUCUGAUCCUCCUGAGUUUGUUUGUUGCUGUUAUUUUGGACAACUUAGAACUUGAUGAAGAUCUAAAGAAGCUUAAACAAUUAAAGCAAAGUGAAGCAAAUGCAGACACCAAAGAAAAGCUCCCUUUGCGACUUCGAAUCUUUGAAAAAUUUCCUAACAGACCGCAAAUGGUGAAAAUCUCAAAACUUCCUUCAGAUUUUACAGUUCCUAAAAUCAGGGAAAGCUUCAUGAAGCAGUUCAUUGAUCGCCAGCAACAGGACACCUGCUGCCUCCUACGAAGCCUCCCGUCAGCCUCCUCGUCCUCCUGCGACCACUCCAAACGGUCUGCAGUUGAAGACAACAAGUACAUUGACCAAAAACUUCGCAAGUCUGUUUUUAGCAUCCGGGCAAGGAACCUUCUAGAAAAGGAGACCGCAGUCACUAAAAUCUUAAGAGCGUGCACUCGACAGCGCAUGCUGAGCGGAUCAUUCGAGGGGCAGCCGGCAAAGGAAAGGUCAAUCCUCAGCGUGCAGCAUCACAUCCGCCAAGAGCGCAGGUCACUAAGACACGGAUCGAACAGCCAGAGGAUCAGCAGGGGGAAAUCUCUUGAAACUCUGACGCAAGAUCAUUCCAAUACAGUGAGAUAUAGAAAUGCACAAAGAGAAGACAGUGAAAUAAAAAUGAUCCAGGAAAAAAAGGAGCAAGCGGAGAUGAAGAGGAAAGUGCAGGAAGAGGAGCUGAGAGAGAACCACCCUUACUUCGAUAAGCCGCUGUUCAUAGUUGGACGGGAGCACAGGUUCAGAAACUUCUGCCGGGUGGUGGUCCGGGCACGCUUCAACGCAUCUAAAACAGAUCCUGUCACAGGAGCUGUGAAAAAUACAAAGUACCAUCAACUUUAUGAUUUGCUGGGACUGGUGACUUACCUGGACUGGGUCAUGAUCAUCGUAACCAUCUGCUCCUGCAUUUCCAUGAUGUUCGAAUCCCCCUUCCGAAGAGUCAUGCAUGCACCUACUUUGCAGAUUGCAGAGUAUGUGUUUGUGAUAUUCAUGAGCAUUGAACUUAAUCUGAAGAUUAUGGCAGAUGGCUUAUUUUUCACUCCAACUGCUGUCAUCCGGGACUUCGGUGGAGUAAUGGACAUAUUUAUAUACCUUGUGAGUUUGAUAUUUCUUUGUUGGAUGCCUCAAAACGUGCCUGCUGAAUCGGGGGCUCAGCUCUUGAUGGUUCUUCGGUGCCUGAGACCUCUGCGCAUAUUCAAACUGGUGCCCCAGAUGAGGAAAGUGGUUCGAGAACUUUUCAGUGGCUUCAAGGAAAUUUUUUUGGUCUCCAUUCUUUUGCUGACAUUAAUGCUUGUUUUUGCGAGCUUUGGAGUUCAGCUUUUUGCUGGAAAAUUGGCAAAGUGCAAUGAUCCCAACAUUAUUAGAAGGGAGGAUUGUAAUGGCAUAUUCCGAAUUAAUGUAAGUGUGUCCAAGAACUUAAAUUUAAAAUUAAGACCUGGAGAGAAAAAACCUGGAUUUUGGGUGCCCCGUGUUUGGGCGAAUCCUCGGAACUUUAAUUUUGAUAACGUGGGAAAUGCUAUGCUGGCACUGUUUGAAGUUCUGUCCUUGAAAGGCUGGGUGGAAGUGAGGGAUGUUAUCAUUCAUCGUGUGGGGCCGAUGCAUGGAAUCUAUAUUCAUGUUUUCGUUUUCCUGGGUUGCAUGAUUGGACUGACCCUUUUUGUUGGAGUAGUUAUUGCUAAUUUCAAUGAAAACAAGGGGACGGCUCUGCUGACUGUGGAUCAGAGAAGAUGGGAAGAUCUGAAGAGCCGACUGAAGAUAGCACAGCCUCUUCAUCUCCCACCUCGCCCGGAUAAUGAUGGUUUUAGAGCUAAGAUGUAUGACAUAACCCAACAUCCAUUUUUUAAGAGGACGAUUGCGUUACUCGUGCUGGCCCAGUCGGUGCUGCUGUCUGUCAAGUGGGACGUCGAGGAUCCUGUGACUGUUCCACUGGCAACAAUGUCGGUCGUUUUCACCUUCAUCUUUGUCCUGGAGGUUACAAUGAAGAUCAUAGCAAUGUCACCUGCUGGGUUCUGGCAAAGCAGAAGAAAUCGAUAUGAUCUGCUGGUGACGUCACUCGGUGUUGUCUGGGUGGUACUUCACUUUGCCCUCCUGAAUGCGUAUACCUACAUGAUGGGAGCAUGCGUGAUUGUCUUCAGGUUUUUCUCCAUCUGUGGAAAGCAUGUGACACUGAAGAUGCUGCUCCUGACAGUGGUCGUCAGCAUGUAUAAAAGCUUCUUCAUCAUCGUAGGCAUGUUCCUGCUGCUUCUGUGUUAUGCUUUUGCUGGUGUCGUUUUAUUUGGCACUGUGAAAUAUGGGGAGAACAUUAACAGGCAUGCAAACUUUUCUUCAGCUGGCAAAGCUAUUACUGUCCUGUUCCGAAUUGUCACCGGUGAAGACUGGAACAAGAUCAUGCAUGACUGUAUGGUCCAGCCUCCCUUUUGUACUCCGGAUGAAUUUACAUAUUGGGCAACAGACUGCGGAAAUUAUGCUGGUGCACUUAUGUAUUUCUGUUCAUUUUAUGUCAUCAUUGCCUACAUCAUGCUAAAUCUACUUGUAGCCAUAAUUGUGGAGAAUUUCUCCUUAUUUUAUUCUACUGAGGAGGAUCAACUUUUAAGUUACAACGAUCUUCGCCACUUUCAAAUCAUAUGGAACAUGGUGGACGAUAAAAGAGAGGGCGUGAUCCCAACCUUCCGCGUCAAGUUCCUGCUGCGCCUGUUGCGGGGCCGCCUCGAGGUGGACCUAGACAAGGACAAGCUGCUGUUUAAGCACAUGUGCUACGAGAUGGAGCGGCUGCAUAACGGCGGCGACGUCACCUUCCACGACGUCCUCAGCAUGCUCUCCUACCGCUCCGUGGACAUCCGGAAGAGCCUGCAGCUGGAGGAGCUGCUCGCCAGGGAGCAGCUGGAGUACACGAUCGAGGAGGAGGUGGCCAAGCAGACCAUCCGCAUGUGGCUGAAGAAGUGUCUGAAGCGCAUCAGAGCUAAACAGCAGCAGUCAUGCAGUAUCAUCCACAGCCUGAGAGAGAGCCAGCAACAGGAGCUGAGCCGGUUUCUGAACCCUCCUAGUAUCGAGACCACCCAGCCCAGUGAGGACAUGAACGCUAACAGUCAGGAUAAUAAUAUGCAGCCUGAGACGAGCAGCCAGCAGCAGCUGCUGAGCCCCACGCUGUCGGACCGAGGAGCGCGGCCCGACGCCGAGGCCGGGAAGCCGCAGCGCAAGUUCGGGCAGUGGCGGCUGCCGUCGGCACCAAAACCGAUAAGCCACUCGGUGUCUUCAGUCAACUUACGGUUUGGAGGGCGGACAACGGUGAAAUCUGUCGUGUGCAAAAUGAACCCCAUGACUGACUCCACUUCCUGCGGUUCCGAAGUGAAGAAGUGGUGGACCCGGCAGCUGACGGUGGAGAGUGAUGAGAGUGGAGAUGACCUCCUGGAUAUUUAGAUGGAAAUCGGCACAGGCAGAAGUCUAGGGGUGAAGAGGCUCUUCUGCUAUUUCCUCCGUUGUCCAGUGAGCAAUCUGUAAUUGGCACAUUAAAUUCCAACUUGUCGCAGGAUUUCUUUAAUUAAUUUUGUCCUGCCAUAGGAAGCCAUAAAGCUUGCUCUGUCACAGCUGUGUGUAUAACGGGUCCUCACGAUCUGUUCAAGAACUGUGGCUAAUGGCAGUAUUCGUGGUAUUAGCAACUGUACCAAUACCAGGUGGAGAUCGUUCAAAAAUCUCAUAUACUCUAAGUAAACUAAGGUAUAUAGUCGUAUAUAUGCUCUUAUGCAUUAUCACCGCCCCCUGAGAGAGGGCUAAGCCCAAAGUGGCUGAUAUUUACAGUGUAUACAGGAGCUUUAGUUCAUGUUUUUCCCAUAAGCCCUGAGCUUAUGUUAAAAAUGAUAGUAGUUUUGCAAACUACAAAUUCUGAAUUUCAAAAAAUAUGUUCUUUUUCUCAUGUUUUUUUAAAAAUAUGCACAAGAUAUUUAGAGAUCAGAACAAGACAAUUUCUGCCCUCAGUCACUGUCAUGAAACUGUUUGCUGCUUCCAAGAAAAGUGUGUGUGUGGGUGCCAGGCAAGGAAAGUGGCCCCAAGGUGCUAACUGGCUUGAAACAAACUGGUAUGUAGAUCGCUUGCAGGACAUGGUCACAUAAAGAGGCUAGGUUUCUUAAAAAACCUUUUAAUAACUGAGGUAAGCAAAAAGAGGAAAACUACAUUUUCAGGUUAUUUUUUUUAAUCUUUACAAAUGUGAUGUUAUUGGUUUCUUUUCUUACCCAACAUAUGUUUGUUUAGCCAUAAAUCAGCAAAGAGUUAUGGGUUGAUCCUAACACCGCUGCUAAAUUGAAUUCAGAGUGACUCCUCUGCCACCAGAUUCUCCUCUCACAAUAAUGGGACUGCACAAGCUUACACAGUUUAGGGAUCCCACAACUCAAUUGUAUUUGUCUCACACAUCAUGUCCUCUGGGAAAAUUAAAAUGCCAUGGGAUUAGCAAAAUUCCUUUGGACCUCAUGCUGGGUCAGCCAACCAGAAGUGUGUUUGAGCCUCUCUAACUGCCUUACUCUUGAUUGGAGAUUUCCUGUUUAGAUAAGUUCUUUUAACAGAGUGAUGGUCUCAGAAUCUUUUGACCCCCAUCCCAGGUUGCUCCCUGAUCUCUUUUUCUCUAUUUCACAUUCUAAAAUAGCUAAAUAUCACUUCAUUCUGUAUAACAAAUAGAGCAUCCUGGUGCCAGUCAUUGUUUUAUGAUUAAUGGUGACUGGAAGACAAUGGGCAGUGAAAGUCAGUGCAGCCGACCGGUUUUGUUGGGUUUUAUGUUUAUUCGAAGUUUACUUUUUGUACAUAAGGAAAUAAAAUGAAUAUUGGAUUUGUA